UCGUAAAUAUAUCGUCUGCUAUUACACGUGCCCCAACUGCCCCAACAAGUUAAAAGUUCCAUCUCUUAGCCGUCAAGUGUUACUGUCUUGCUGAAAAAUUUAAUAAUUUAGAUACUGUAUUUCCGAUGAAAUGACGGAUAAAGCAGAAAAUCACGAAAGUUUUUUAGAUGCAAGUCGUAUAUUUACCGGACAUCGUGCGCUGGGACUUGUCAGUAACCACAUUCCGUUGGUUACAAGAUAUAUUCCAAAGAGGAAGGAAACACUCAUUGUUACAGUCAUUGGUAACUCUUUCCACACUUACGGAUCCACCAAACUGAAUCUCCUAAGUAUUGGAAGAGCACAUGAAGAUGACAUCACAUGCCUUGCAGCUGAUACCUACCGGGUUUUCACAGCCAGUGGUCACAUUAUCAAAGUAUGGAGAAGAAGUACUGAACUUUCCAAAGAGUUUAAGGGACAUGAAAAACCCAUUCACUUGAUGCUUCCAUUUGGUCAGCAUCUUCUUGCUGUUGAUGAGACAAACAACCUUAAAGUUUGGGAUAUCAAUGCAGCUGAAGUCAGCUUUGAGCUAGACUUCAAUCCUGAUACUUUUUCCAUUUCUGCUAUGGUGCAUCCUGUGACAUACCUAAACAAAAUUUUGUUUGGAAGUAUGCAAGGUACUAUGCAAUUAUGGAACCUGAAGACUGGCAAGAUGGUUUUUGCAUUCAAUGGGUGGAAGAGCCAAAUCACUAUCCUAGAACAAGCCCCCGCUGUUGAUGUUGUGGCUGUAGGACUGGCUUCAGGAGAAAUGUGUUUGCACAACUUGAAAUUUGACGAGACUUUGAUAAAGUUCAAACAAGAUUGGGGACCAAUCACAGCUCUAACAUUCAGAACUGAUGGUGCUCCUAUUAUGAUCACUGGAAGUAGCCAAGGUCAUCUGGCAAUUUGGGAUCUAGAACAACAGACCCUCGUUCAACAGCAUCGUCAUGCUCAUCGGGGAGCAGUGACCGGUUUGAAAGCAUUGGCCUCAGAACCAAUCAUCAUUACGUCUUCUCCUGAUAAUUCGUUGAAGAUGUGGAUUUUUGAUCAAUCAGACGGAGGAGUACGAUUGCUCCGUGAUCGUGGAGGUCAUAAAGCUCCACCAAUCCGGUUGCGCUUUCACGAUUUACUUGGCGAAUGGAUUCUGUCAACUGGAUUAGAUUCUUCGCUGCGAACGUUCUCAACCGUUGCUGAUCUUCUUCACCGAAAUUUAGGCACUGCACACUACAAUCAAAAGAAAGCCAGACGGGUCGGACUAGAAAAGGCUGGCCCAAAAAUGCCACCAAUUACCAACUUUGCAUCUGAUUCGGUUCGAGACAAGGAAUGGGAUUCUAUUGCAGCUGUUCAUCGUCAUCAGUCAGAGGUGACGACAUGGUCAUUCCAUCGACAAACAAUGGGCGAGCAUAAGCUGACACACAAACGCUUUGCAGAGGACAUGGCUUUAAAAAAGACAUCUGCGACUUGUGUUACCAUUACGGCUUGCGGAAAUUUUGCCAUUGUUGGUUAUGACUCAGGCCAUAUUGAUCGUUACAAUAUGCAAUCAGGAAUUCAUCGUGCCACAUAUCUUCGCUUAGAUACUGAAGAGUCGUCUAAAUUGCCGUUUACUCGUAACGCCGUUCGAGGGGUUGUCUCGGAUGGUUUAAAUCAGGUAGUUUUGGGAGCCUUCACAAAUGGCCAGUUAACUACAUGGAACUUCAAGUCUGUAGAAAUUGUAAGGGAAACAAAUCUAAAUGCUGCACCUAGCUUUAUUCAAAUUAAUCGACACAGUGGGCUUUUGGCUAUCGCGAUGGAAGACUUUACUAUAAUUAUUGUGGAAGUCGAGACCGGAAAUAUUGUUCGACGACUUACUGGACAUGAUGGGCGAUUGACGGACUUGGCCUUUAGUCCGGAUGCUAGGUGGUUGGUAUCAUCCGCACAGGAUUGCAGUAUUCGAACGUGGGACUUGCCUACUGGAACGUGCAUAGAUUAUUUUCUUCUGCCCAAAUCUUGUGUUUCUCUGACUUUCAGCGCGAGUGGCAGUUUUUUAGCUACAGCGCAUGUUGAUGAUCUUGGUAUUUAUCUGUGGAACAAUCAGUCACUCUACACGCAAGUUUCAUUGCGGGCACUGGAAAAAGAUUUUGAACCGAAAACGGCUCCCCUACCAGGAUCCGCUGUCAAAAGCAGUGAAUCUGAAAUUGAAGACAGUGAGCAAAUUGAGGACGAUGAAGAGUUCUCCUCGCCGGAACAAAUUGCUGAUGCUCUUGUUACUCUGUCUCUACUUCCUGAUUCCAGAUGGAAGAACCUUCUUAGCCUUGACGCUAUCAAAAGACGAAACAGGCCUAAAGAAGCACCGAAGUUGCAGAAACUUGCCCCCUUUUUCUUGACCAACACAAACAGCCUUCCAUCCGCAGAUGGUCAGAAAGACUCGGGUUCGCGUAUUUUGAACACAUUCAGCUCACCUUUUGCGAUGCCGUUAACCCCGUGGGCCGAGAAAUUAAACAGUGCCGAGAAACCAGAAGAAUACUGGGCUGUUAUAGAAGAACUCAAAGGAAUGGGACCGUCAGCUAUCGACACCGAAAUCCGCUCACUGAGUCCUCAUUUGGGAGGGUCCACCCACCUACUGUCACAGUUCUUAACAUCUAUCACCCUCGUCCUGGAGUCUAAGCGUAACUAUGAAAUAGUCCAAGCUUAUCUAGGGCUCUUUUUAAAGGUUCAUGGGAGUUCCUUAAGCGAGGAACAUGAAUUGUGUGCUCGAGCAGAGAAAGUGUCGGGUGUAUUGAAAGAUAGCUGGUCAACGCUUCAAACGAAUUUUGAGAGCACCCUUUGUUUGGUGUCCUUCUUUAUGAAUGCUGUUAUCUAAAAACUGAACACUUGAAAGAAAAACAUUGAUGUGCACUUUGA